UCGUUAGAAACGGUUGGGAUUUUUGACAAAUGUGAAACUCCGAUUCCCACAGGGUACAUCCACCAUCUACCAUCCGACAACAGCUGUCAGUUCAGCUGUGCCUAAUAAAAACACAAGCAAAAAUUGUUAAAGUGGAUUUUGCCAGACCAAAAUGAACAGUUUCCCAAUUAUUUCGGCUGUUGUACAACAGCAAAAUCUUAAGUUGAACCAGCUUUUAUUGGCAGCCAAUUCAGAGGAGUGGAAUGACGACGAAUUGGAUCUGUACGAAAGCAUUUUUUCAGCAAAAGAGCAAAUGCCACGAAGUGUGUGGAUGCUGAAGCGAUACGGGACAUUUUGGGAGAAGGAUAUACCGGAAAACAACGACGAGUUCUUCAAAGAGAGCUUUCGUAUGGAGAAGAGGACCUUUUCGUUUUUGGUGGACCGACUUGGUGUUUUGCGGAAGAAGGACACCAACUGGCGAAAUGCCAUUCCUCUUGAAAAGCGGAUCGCUAUAGCCUUGUACAUCUUGGGAUCAUCAGCGGAAUAUCGUUCCAUCGUAAGGCUUUUUGGAGUGGCACAGAACAAUGUGUGCAAAAUUCUCCACGAAUUUUGCCGGGCACUCAUUUUUGAGUUUGCUAGCGAGUUCAUGUCACCGGACUAUCUUAAAGGAUUCGUACCAAUCGGAUUUCCCCAGUGUCUAGGUGCAAUUGAUGGUUGUCACAUUGAAAUAAAACCGUCAGCAGCAGAAGCAGUCGAUCACCACAACUACAAAGGUUGGUACUCAAUAGUACUAUUCGCCCUCGUGGAAUUCAAGACCUCCAUCUGCUUAGUCUUAGCAAUGUAUAAUGUGUAGAUGGUUGUCACAUUGAAAUAAAACCGUCAGCAGCAGAAGCAGUCGAUCACCACAACUACAAAGGUUGGUACUCAAUAGUACUAUUCGCCCUCGUGGAAUUCAAGUAAACUGCCUUCUUCUAAGAGCUCAACAAUGAUCUAAACGCAUUGUAUUUUAAAUUUACUACAGGACCUCCAUCUACUUAGUCCACCUCAGUUUGCCACCGGCAGUU